AUGCGGCCCACGACAAAAGGUCUGCGCACUUUUGAAAAAGCGUAUUACGGACCUCCUUUCAAAAUUUUGCAGUCCCGGUACCGCGGUAAGGAUCCUGAAGUAGUAGACUAUUGUUGAAUUUGAGAUAUUAACCUGGCGCGAAAACAUAGAAUGCCAGCGCUUGGCAUUUCGACAAACCGGGCCGGGUCUGAAAAUAUUAUAGCUCAGGCCCGCCCAUUUCAAGAUUUAUCAGGCCGGCCCGCCUGGCCACCUCUGGUGUAGACAAGUUGGCGUGAAGACUGCGGUUAUUGAUAUUGAAACUCUUUAGAUAACAUUGGUAAAAAGAGGAAGCGAAGGUAUUCUUUUUUACACUAUUUAAAGACGCUGUCGUUUUUUGAAAAGAUGGACUUUCAAUCGGCGUAUUUUCAAAUCCAUGGAAAGAAUCCAGAAAAUGAUCAAAAGGGUAGGUGCGUGUUUCAUUAGCAUUCUCUUUUUAGAAAACCGGCAACCGUCGACAGGUGCAAAGGACGGGAGUAACGUCACGUUAAAAAUGAAUGGUUUAACCAGGCCUAUAAACUUUAAGUUGACUUACCAAUCACCGAAGAAAAGAUGCGACAGAGCCUCUGAUUCCAGUUUGCUUGCAUAUUCCCCGAUACGUUCAAGAGGAAAAACUAUAACCGAUUCCACAAAGAAGAGACUUGAUGUGUUAGCAGAUCCAAUCUCACAUGGCAAGUCUCCAAUUGAUGUUUGGAACAAGUUGGGCACUAGUACAAUGAUCAUAUAGAGUACAAAAUAUGUUUUAUUUCAGCGGAAUCGAUAAAAAAUUUAACAAAGGAAAUGGAACUUGAGGAAACAGAACCAGAAGAUGUGGAGAUCGUGACUUCAACAUUUACGUUAGAGAAGAAAGCCAUGAAGACACGAAGAGUUCAUGACAACAAAGACAACUUUGUGAAGAUAAACAUGAGAUGUAAGAAGUACAUAAAUAAGAAGACCAGUCACAAGAAAUUCUUUAAGAAGAAAUUGCCACGUAAAUGA